AAGAAGCUUGUGCGCAUGCGCUCCGCAUGGGUCGGUGGCCGCGCUGCCGCAGCUUGUCUGAGCCUCCCACCUCUCUCAGUCGCCAUGAGCUUCUUGCUUCCCAAGCUCGGCAGCAAAAAGGAGGUGGAUGAGGCAAUCAAGAGCGUGGCCGAGAAAGUCCUGGUCCUUCGCUUUGGCAGAGAUGAAGAUCUCGUCUGCAUGCAGCUGGACGAUAUUGUGAGCAGGCGAAUUUUGCUCCUUGCAAUCGCAUUUUUUCACCCGCACUCCCAGUAGGAAUUUGUCUGGGGCAACCAAGUCAGACACAGUUUCCCCCCCACACCCACCGCUGUGAACAAAACAAAAGAGGACAUUUUACUGCCAGAAUUCAUAUGAAAGUAUUCCGUGUUAAUAAGAAGUAAUUUAAUAAUAAAAGUUUUAUUAAUAAAGCAGCAUCUGCGUACUUAAGCAGAGGCUUAAGUAUAAAAAUAUAGAAAGGGAACUCAGGAGGGCAGGGGAGAGAAAAGGAGACUGGGGGUAAAAAUAUCAGUCACUUUGGAAGACUCUUAAAUUUCAUUUUUACUGGUUUAUUUUACUUUCCCCUUUAAAACAUUUACAUUACAUAGAACUGUAUGGUAAGAGAUAGUGUUGUUAUCCUGGUCCUAACCCAGAUUACCAACACUUCAACCCUACUGAUAUUUUGACAGCGCAAAGUUGUGCUGGCGUUGGCCCCAGAAGUAAACUGACCUUAGUUAUUCCUUCAUGUCAUUCCCACCCACUCACACCCCCGCAAAAAAAACAACCCACAUGCACUGGUGCUUCAAUUAUCAAUCUGUUCUCAAAAUGUGUUAAAUUUAAUUCAAGACUAUUUCUUGCCCUAUCAUAUUGGGCAGUAUAACUUUUUAUAACCUUUUCUCUACAGCUUGCAAAAACAUCUCAUGACUUAAGUAAAAUGGCUGCAAUUUUCUUGGUGGAUGUAAACAUAGUGCCAGUGUACACCCAAUAUUUUGACAUCAGCUAUAUUCCAUCAACUGUCUUCUUUUUCAACGGGCAGCAUAUGAAAGUGGAUUAUGGGUAAGUUGGUUUGCAUGUAACCCAAGUACAAGCUAUUCUUGGUAUGAUAUUUGUUUGUGACCAUUUGUGAUGUUAGCAAGCAUCAACAAUGCACAAAAGACCUAAUAAAUAUUAUUGUCAGAUUUAUCAUAAUAUGACCAAGUCCUUAUGUUCAUUUUAUAUUCUGAUUUUUACUCCAUCCUUCUACAUUACUGUAGAAAUUAGUGUGGGUGCCACAAGACACUACUUCCCCCCAGUAAUUUUAAACAUCUAUAGCCUUUCCCUAACCCUUAAUAUUAUUAAUACUGGCUUCCAAGGUCCUUGGUCAUUAAUUGAUUUUAUUGAUAAAUAUUUUACUGACUAUUGUUUUGUUUUAUUACUGUGGACAUAAUUGGUAUUUUUUUUGUAAAUGAAAAGUGGUACAGAAAUCUUUUAACAAUAUAGGUAGUUAUUUAACACUAAGGAGAGUGGCUGCUUAAUUGCAACAUAGAUUUUUAAAUGCAUGUAUCAAAUGUACUAUGGAUAUUCCCAUUACUACGAAUCAGGAUCUCUAUAAUAGAAGAAGAAGAAGAGUUUGGAUUUGAUAUCCCGCCUUUCACUCCCUUUAAGGAGUCUCAAAGCGGCUAACAUUCUCCUUUCCCUUCCUCCCCCAUAACAAACAAACUGUGAGGUGAGUGGGGCUGAGAGGCUUCAGAGAGAAGUGUGACUAGCCCAAGGUCACCCAGCAGCUGCAUGUGGAGGAGCGGAGACGCGAACCCGGUUCCCCAGAUUACGAAACUACCGCUCUUAACCACUACACCACACUGGCUCUAAUAAAGGCCUAUCAUCUUUUAACUCUUAGUUUUCUUUCACACUGGAGCACAGAGCAUUCGUAUGUAAACAAAUGGACAUACAUGUGUGCGUAUAUAGCCAGAUGGGAUAAAAAUCAAAUUUGGUAUCUUGUCUCUAGAACCUAUUUGUUAAUAUUGGAGGCAACAAGACAUUGAGAGGUGUCUAUUCUGAGAGGUAAAACCAAUCAUAAUCAUAAUACCUUUAUUGUCAAUGUACAACCUAUGUAAAAUGAAAUUAACCGAGCCUCCCCCCCAAAAAACACUCAAUCUCAUUGCACUCUGUGUGCUUGUUGCACAACACACCAACCCCGAAAGUUUGUUGCACUAUAUUAUUUUCCGUUCAGCAGCCUAACAGCCCACAGAUAGAAACUGUUUUUUAGCCUGUUGGUACGACUGAUUAUAUUUCUAGAUCUCCUGCCCAAGGGUAGAAGAUUAAAGAGGUGCUGGCCAGGGUGUGAAUCGUCCCUGAAAAUUUUUCUCGCUCUCCUAAGGCAUUGAUCCCUUGCGAUGUCAUCUAGCAGGCUCAGGGGACAGCCCAUGAUAUCACCACCCUCUGUAAAGACUUUCUGUGCACAGAAGUCAUAUCAAAUCUAGAGUUGCAAAGGAUUUGCUCCCUAAUUCCAAAUGUAUCCAAUUAUAUUUUACUCAGAGUAGACUCAUUGAAAUCAAUGGACCUAAAUUAUUCAUGUCCAUUAAUGGGUUUGGUGUGAAUAUUAUUUUAACAAUGGAUACAACCCGCAGGAGCCACAGCGAACCUAACAGCCACAGGCUCAGGUUGCUUUAAAGGGGGAUGAGACAAAGUUCAAGGAGAAAACAAUUGCAGCUGGAUAAAACAUCCAUGUUCAGAGGAAGCUGCCCUUGAAGCUGCUGUCUUGAAUUCCUUGUGGGCUUCCUGGAACCAUCUCUCUGGAAAACAGAAUGCUGGACUACGUUGAUCUUUGAUCUGAUCCAGCAAGGUUCAUGUAUGCAUUCUGUCACUUUAAAGCAGGAGCUGAGAACUUUGUUUAGCAGAAGGUUGCAGUUUGUCCUGGACAACCUUGUGGGAAGGGACAAGCAAAAGUGGAAGUGAAGGAUGCAGCUCUUACGUUUGUGUAAUAAGCUACAUUUCAACCACACAAAAACCAAAGGUUUCUACAGUGGUAGCUUGGGUUACAUACGCUUCAGGUUACAGACUCUGCUAGUAGUACCUCGGGUUAAGAACUUUGCUUCAGGAUGAGAACAGAAAUCGCGUGGCAGCAGCUGGAGGCCCCAUUAGCUAAAGUGGUGCUUCAGGUUAAGAACAGUUUCAGGUUAAGAACGGACCUCCGGAACGAAUUAAGUUCUUAACCCGAGGUACCACUGUAUACCACAUUUAACAGGAUAUAUAUACCUCUUAAUCAUUAAAGCCUCUAAGCCAGGGGUAGGGAGCCUCCAGCCCACCAGGCCUUAUUUGGUCAGCCGGGCUGUUUCAUGCAAAACUAUCCAGCCCACCUGUCAAAAUUGGCCCAUGGAAGUGGGCCCAUAGGGUUCCCCAGCCUGCUGUUAAGUGGUUUGCAUCUCUCCAUCCAGGUAAGCAAAAAGCAACAUCACAGUUAAGAACAUGUUCCAGCCUGGCCAAAGUACUUGAGGAAGAGUCUCAAAGCCUGAGGUAGAGUCUCAAAAAGCUACAUUUGGCCCCUAAGCCUGAGGUUUCUCAUCCCUGCUUUAAAGACUAGAAGAUUUGUGGCUUGAGUUUUUUUAGGGUUCAGACUUGGGAGCUAUGACUAUUUCAGAAUUUAAGCUUUUAUGUUGUUGUUCUAGCUUUCAUUUACUUUGUUCCCUUUUGCUUUCCUACUUAGAUCUCCAGAUCACACUAAAUUUGUGGGAAGUUUCAAAACAAAACAAGACUUCAUAGAUUUGAUUGAGGUGAUUUACCGUGGAGCAAUGCGUGGAAAACUGAUCGUACGAAGCCCAAUUGAUCCAAAGAAUAUUCCCAAGUAUGACCUUCUGUAUCAAGGCAUUUAAUGCCCCACUGGGAGAGGAGUGACAGGUGGAAUAUGAACUGCUUAAAGCUGAUGAUUCCACGUCUUCUCCAAACAUAUGCCAAUUGCAUUUUGAAAGCGAAUGAAAGAAAGGAGCUGAGACUGUUCUUUUUUGUACACAGGAUCAUAUUGGUCAGCCUCAGAGACAGACUUUCAUUAAUUCAUUUUUCAAUGAAAUUGACUGGAAUUGCUUAGGCUGCAACUUAUUUAAUUCUAAUAUGUCAAAAAAACUGCAGUAGAGUAAUAUGUUCUUGUACUAAAUAAAUGCUUUCGGGCUAUAUAAGGAUAUAAUUAACAUUCUAGAGCUGCCAUGUCCCGUAGAAGCAUCCUGAAGAAAAGAUUUAAAAAAUGAAUGGGUUUUUAUUCUGAAAUGUUAUAACUGCUCCCACUACCUGUCCUAACUUCCCAGCCAUCAGCUGAACACUACAUCUUCAGAAAUAUAAGGUAUUUCUAGUUUAACAACCCAAAAUGGGAAAUUCUCUUUUGGAAAAGGAUGGUGGGUGGGAGUUUAAAUGUUAAAAUUGGUUUAUUUAAAAAAUAAAUAUUUUAAGAUAUUAAGAACUAAACUCAACUGUAUUAUGUCAAAGUAUGAUGAUACCGUAGGAAGGAUGAAGGGGUAAACCCAUCUUUCAAGCAAAGUUUUCUCAUUCUUUUUGCUAUGCACUGAAGUUUCCACUCAAAAUUGCAAUGAUUUAUUCAGAUUAAACCCCAGACUUUUCAAAGGAAGGAAGGAAGUUUUGCCAGAAACAAGGAACAGUUGUUACAUUUACAUUUACAUUCACAUAAAGUUUCAGAAAUGGAAAUGGGACAACAAAUAUUAGACUGGUAAUGGUAUGCUUCAUAUUUAGAUAAAGUACUUUUACCUCAAUGUUAAGCUUAAUCAUUAAAGCUAAUACAAAACUUCUAUUAGAAGAAAAAAUGGGUAUGAAUAACAGAUGCUUAACUUGUUUUCAUUGAUUUGCUCCUUGUUAGAAUAGGUGAACGAUUGAAUGGUUUUUUAGUGAAGACUUUCAGUGCACUCUUAAGAUAAUUGAAAAUGGACUGUAGACUAGAGGAAGGAGCCAGGCUAUAAUUUUCAGUUCCUGUGGAGACUGUAGGGCAAUCCACUUUCACCAUAAAGCCUAUUGACUUAUCUAAAGGUUCACUGUGUGAUACCCACUCCCGGCAAUGUUUCCAUAUCCAGGCCUGCACCUGGGAAAUGCUUUGUGUCUGGUGCGGUGUGUGGUGUGUGGAGUCAAUAAGUGCGACAGCACCUACUUUGUUCAUUACCUCUGAAGUUCUCUGCAUGAGGAGGUCAAUGAAAACCAAACCUCCAUAGCCAUGGGCAAUGAAAGCCACCUUUUCCGCUGUGCUCUUUGAAAUGAAAUGGUCCCAAACGUAACUUGUAUGCUCUUCAGGGCUACUGCUCUCUCUCUUUGGGACUGCCAAGGGUAACUGUAGUGGACAUGUGGAGUCUUUUUUCACAGACAGGCUUAAGCAUUCUUGUUCUGUCUUCAGUUCAAUGAAGUUAUCAUUGGGAUUUAAAACAAUCACUCCCCAAGAGCACUGCAGAGCCUUUAAGAUGAAUGGUAUUUGAGAUCCGUGUUGGAGGCCUUCAUGAACGAUGACUUUUCGUCCCCACUGACCUGCACGAAAAGGUCCUUUGUCUUGAAGGAGGACGACUAGAAUUGAGCAAUUAGUUAAUGCAUUCUCACUCAUGAAAAAAAAACUGCAACGUUCAUUGUCUGGAGCAUCUGUUGGGAUGUAAAUCUUUUGCAGUUUGCAUGUCUUUUCCAGGAGCUCGAAAACAUACUGCGUAAUUAAGUAUCCAAGAAAUUGAUAAUGUCGGUGAUUAGCAUUAUCUGAAUCUUGAUAAUCAUAAACAAAAGGUUCAUUGGUAUCCAUAUGCCUAAGCUCUCCAUUUUUAUUAAAGUCAUAUUUGAGAGUUUCUGGACAUUCUGAACCAUUUAUUAGUUUUCUGAAGCUCAAGUCUUCAUUCAUCUGUGACCACUACAAAUAAAACAGACAGAUCAUGACAUAAACAAAAAACCAUACAUUUCUUAAACAUCUGUAUUCAAGUUCUUGUAAAAAUAUUGUAGAAAAUCUUAAAAUAUCACUAUUCAGGUA